ACCUAACAUAAUCCGACAUGUUCAAUUAAAUAAAAUUCGCUCUAUGUUCCCGCCAAUGUAAUUCUUGCGCCGGUAUAUUGGAUGUAAUUCGAGUUUUGCGUACGAAAGUGGAUUAUGCGACGUUAUUGCUGCGGAAGAAUCUUAUUAGAGCGAUCAAUUAAAGAGUGAGUCGUUCGUGUGUAAUUUUAUUCACGUCAACAGAAAUAUACACAAAAUGGGUGACGUAUCGGAUUUGCUCGACUUGUUGCCGGUUUAUUAUUCGAGAUUGUUUCCAUUUGCUGAUUACUAUAGGUGGUUGAGUUAUGGAAAUGCGGGCGUUUUCAGCAAGAGAGAAUUUUCGUUCACGCUCUCUGACGAUAUUUACAUACGUUACCAGUCUUUCAACGACCAAAAAGGACUGUCGGAUGAGAUCAAAAGGCUGCUACCGCAUAAGAUUGAUAUAGGAGCGGUUUAUAAUGCCCAGCCAAAGGAUCAAAAGAGAGGUCACAAUUUUCAACCAGUCGAGAGAGAAUUGGUUUUUGACAUAGACAUGACUGAUUAUGAUGAAGUGAGAACAUGUUGCAAAGGAGCUGAUAUUUGUAUCAAGUGCUGGAAGUUUAUGUCACUUGCCUGCAAGAUAUUGGAUAGUGCGUUGAGAUCGGACUUUGGUUACAAGCAUAUCUUAUGGGUGUUUUCUGGCAGAAGAGGUAUUCAUUGCUGGGUGUGCGACUCUUUAGCACGUAGUUUAUCGGGACAAGUGCGCGCAGCAGUCGCAGAAUAUUUGCAAAUUAUAGGUGGAGGUGAAUUCAUGAAGAAAAAAGUGCAUCUCACCAGUGACAAGAUUCACCAUUCCAUCAAACGUGCUCUUGACAUAAUCGAUCCCAUCUUUAUCGAAAUGUGCAUCAAAGAGCAAAAUAUUUUGGGCACAGAAGAAGGGAUCGAAAAGUUUCUUCCGAUACUGCCUAAUGAUGAGGACAGACAAGAGGUAAAGGUAUUGUUCAGUAAGGAGAGUACCAGUGAGGCAAGGUGGAAUGCAUUUGUACAAUACGUCGAAUCUAAACGGACAGGGGGAGGGAAAUGGUACUUGUACCGUCACCUGGUGGAAGAGGUGAAGCUGCAGUAUUCAUAUCCGAGAUUGGACAUCAAUGUGAGCAAAGGUCUGAACCACUUGCUGAAGUCGCCUUUCUGCGUCCACCCGAAAACCGGCAAGAUUUGCAUACCGUUCAACGCGAACGCAGUCGACAAAUUCGAUCCCGAUAAGGUCCCCACCAUAAUGACGCUGAUAGAGGAGAUCAACGUGUACGACGUGAAAGACAAGGCCGAGGAAGAGACUUACGACCUGAAUAAGAAGCGGAUCAAGGAUUAUAAGAAGACGAGCUUGAACAAGUCGCUCCACGUGUUUCAGGAAUUCUUGCGGCACCUGGAGGCUGAGCGGCGCGAGCAGAGGCUGAAAGGCAAGCUUACUACCGACAACAGUAUGGAAUUUUGAUGGAUCCCCGCGACGACACGGAGUCGAUAUGAUGCCGCGUUACAGCGAGCGCGCACAGGACCGGCCGGAAACCAGCGACUCCUGAGGACCCACUUUUGUCGGAAAAGUAACGACUGUCGCUCCCGAAGACAAUUUCGGAGCGUAAAGGCGCUCUCGGCGCAUUUCGAAGGACUCUCACGGCGCCAUGUGCUUCCGUUGCCCGGCUCGGUAAUACGGUAUUCAUCGGGCAGCAGCAGAGGAAGGGAGGAGGAGGAGAAGGAGAAGGAGAAGGAGGAGGAAGAGGAGGAGGAAGAAGAAGAAGAAGAAGAACGGGAGAAAACCGCGCGAGACGCGUCGGCACAGCUGAGAAGCUCCGCUCACCGUCCUCGUCUUCAGGAUCAUGGUACAUGGUCGUGGUAAAGCGGUAACAGCAGGAUUUUCGGCGAGUUGGAGUUAGUGGGCUACUAAUUGGCUCUCCUCACGCGCGGCACGGUAGCGGUCGCCGAGAGUGUCGUAGCGAGAGUACAAGGAGAAAGUCGGUGCGCGAGGAUCAGCGGGGCGGGCGAGGGCCCGAUAUCAUGGGAUGAUCAAUCACGGCAAGGAAAUUAGUUCGAUCGCUAACAAACGACAGGCGAAGAAAGGAUGCGUGUCGAGCGUGACGGCGCGGGCGAUCAAACAAAAAUUACAUCGCGUAAGUGUGGCGUAUAAUCGAACGUAAAUUGUAUCGAGAUCGAGCUCUCGAGCUAGGCGGGCGGGGAAAAAAGGAGAGACGGAUAGAGUGAGAGAGGGGGAGAAGAGAGGAAGCAGGGAGAUGAGGGAGACAAAGGAGAAAAAAGAAGAGCACAGGCGUGCAGAAUUUUGCAAGAAGCUCCGAUCGCGCAAGAAGUACGCCCCGCGAAGUCGGACCUUGAAUUAUUACCUCUUCAGCGGAAUCCUCCCCCUCGGCCCGCGUCCCGCGCGCGGCCGUGAUCGUGUCGUCCCGCGGGAGCGCGAUCGGCCGGAAUUAACGUGCAUCGAUCCCGGAUAGGCGACAUUAUUUCUGACGCCUCCUUGGUGAAGGAAGAAGUAUUUAAAAAUAAGACGCGUGGCGCGGCGAUAAUGCUGUUUACACCUCAACUAAUUAACGCAUGCAUUCAAUACGUACAAUUGAUUAACAUAAUUUUAAAUUCUCCCAUCUUGAUGGAGAAUGCACACAAGUUGCUCCGACGCGCGAGGAAAGUUUUUCCUUUCUCAGCGCGAAAAUACCGAUGCGAGCGAAUGCGUCACUCACCGCAGAUAAAUAUUUUUAGAUAUUUUUCUUCCGGCGUGUGGCGUCUUUUAAUGUCACGUUGUCUAUAUUUACAGUUA